AUGAUGGCGAAAGUCGACUUUUCCACAGACAAUGAUGAUAUCUAUAAACGAUUCUCACCGGGGCGAAAGGUGGUUAUCACGAUGGUCCUUGUUUGGUCAACAUUUCAAUGCACACUCGCUACUACCACGGUUGUAUCGGCCAUCCCAGAAGUAAGCUCAACAUUUCAUACUACAGAAGCCGUCAUCGCAGUCUCCAAUGCCCUUAUGAUUCUCUGCCAAGUCGCUGGGCCCAUCCUCUAUGCCCCAAUCGCCAACACCAUUGGUCGCCGACCCGUUCUCAUUACGACAAAUGCCAUAUUGCUGGCGUUUACUCUGGGCACCGCAUUAUCUCCGAAUCUCCCGAGUUAUUUUAUAUUUCGAUUUCUCACCGCACCUCAAGUGACAGCCAACCAAGUCAUUUCAACCGUCGUCAUUGGAGACAUCUACCCGGCCAUCACGCGCGGCCGUGCGUUAGGAUGGAUGAUGGUGAGCACAACUCUCUCGCCAGGCUUGGCACCUCUCAUUGGUGGAGUGAUAGUGAAUUAUGUCUCGUGGCGUGUAAUAUUCUGGGUACAAACCGGCACGGCGAGCCUGUCGGUGCUUUUGCUAGCCAUAUUGCUGCCAGAGACGAUCCACGAAAGGAAGACUCACUUGUUCGCCGACUUGUCUCCUUGUAGAAAAUUCAAGAAAUUCAUCCGCCUGAUGGAUCCAUCAGAGAUAAUCACUCUUUUGCUUUCGUCCCCGGGUCUCUUGGUUAAUGCUGCCACAGUAGCUACCCUGCACUGGAACCAGUAUUCCCUUCUCACGCCAAUCCGCGAGGUGCUGAAUCCGCGCUUCCAUCUCAGUUCACCCCUGCAGGCAGGUCUUUUCUACCUGGCACCAUCUGCAGGAUAUCUGACCGGGCUACUCUGCGGCGGGCAACUUUCAGAUUGGGUCGUGGGGCGGUACAUCCGACGUCGCGGGCGGAGAGUACCAGAGGACCGACUGAAUAGUACAGUGGGCGUGGUGGGCAUAGGAUUGCCAAUCUGCUCUAUCAUUUAUGGAUGGGUAGUGCAAAAGGCUGUCGGUGGCAUUCCCCUAGUGGUGGUCGCGCUGUAUCUGCAGGGUGUGUUUCAGGUGGUGGCAUUCAUCAGCCUGAAUGUAUACUGCGUUGAUGUGAUGGAGGGCACAGGCAAAAGCUCACUAGCUGUCGCGGGAAGUUAUAUGGUUCGCAAUGUGGCCGGGGCAGCUGGAACAGCUGCAUGUCUUCCUGCUAUUGAGGCAAUGGGGGUUGGAUGGUUUAUGACUAUCGCAUCGGGCCUUUUGGUGAUCGCUGGGGGGUUGCUGUGGUUGGCGACGCGACGAGGAGAGGAGUGGCGGAUUCGCAAGGAGGAAAAAUCCUAA